CCCUAAAAAAGAAUGCCGACGCCACCUUGGUACCUCCCCAAUCUCCUACACUUCCUCGAUCUUGCCAAAUUUCCUUCAAGAUUGAUCAUGGCGAUAUGGCCAACCGUAUGAGAUUCGCUCCUAACCGAGUGGUCCUGUUUAGUAUCGCGGCUGCCCUUGGACUCUUUGUUCUAUUUCACUCCUUCGAACCCCGGAAACGCGCCUGGUCAUGCAAGACGCUCUCCUCGUGCCUGGGGGGCAAUCACCCGCCCACGUACAAGCAUUGGGACGGUGUGCCAUUGGACCUCGCCGUCGGCAAAAAUGAAAAGACAUUGAGCGACGGAACCGUAUUAUACCACCAACAUAUUGUCAACACGAACCCUGACAUAUUAUUCCUUGUCCUAACUAGGGAUGGGCAUUCAUGGAGCCGCGAUUUCCGAUCUACACGACGCACUGUAUACGACUUCAUUGACAUGCUCGUAUCCACAGAUCUGGAUCUAACCCGGGUGUCGCUGGGCCUCAUGACGUCGUCGCGCGAAGAAUUUGAGGCGACAAAAAAGGCGGUGAUGCCGCUACCAUUCGCGCGCGUCGCGCUGUUCUAUCGCGAAGGUGAUGGUGGUGGGGCCGCAUCCAGGAUCCCAUAUGAGGACCGACACAAAGCCGAGUACCAGCGUCUACGCCGUGGAGCCAUUGCUAGCGCCCGCAACUACCUGAUGGCACGAAGCCUGCAGGAUGAGUCGCACGUGAUCUGGGUCGACGCGGAUAUUGUCGAGUUCUCCCCUGGCGUGAUCCAGAAGAUGAUCGGUCACGCAGAGACGCGCGACGAUGUUGGAAUCGUUACGGCGAUCUGUGUUCAGACCAUCACACCCAACUACGACAAGAACGCGUGGACGGUAAAUCGACAGGUACCCCUGCUGAUGGGUCCCGUCGGAGAUGGCGAUCUCGAUACCGCUGCAGAUAAACUCGUCGAGACUAGGACGUACCUAGACGAGCUAAUCAAAGGAACAAGCGACGAUGAUCUCCUACCUGUAGACAGUGUUGGGGGUACGAUAUUAUACAUAAAGGCGAGCAUCGUACGACAAGGCAUCAAUUUCCCCACGUCCCUCGUCGUUGGCACAACAUGGUCCCACGAAGGAUGGGUGGGCAUCGAAUCAGAGGGUAUAUGUUAUAUGACAUCGCACCUCGACGGCGGUGGAGGUUGUUUUGUACUGGGUGGUAGUCAUUUUGUGAGACAUGCCGAUUGGAGUUGAAAGGGAGUUGGUCGAUUGUAUUAAAGGUCGUCGCAUUAGAUAAGUACGGCUUUUCUUGUUAAUGUGAUACCCCAAGUAGGUUUUGUCCUACAAUAGGCCUUAUAGGCUUGACGUCACGCUCAACUUUAUCUCCAAUAAGGUUCCUCCCAUUUUGCCCGAUAGGACGGGUCGUUCCCGGAGUUACACUAUUGUAUAGGUACUUACCUACCUAAGUACUACAACACCGAUUAGGAUCCUGCAUUUCACCUACAUACCUAUAUAGGUAUAUAUAUAUGGAGGUUGGGCUUGUGUUCUGUUUAGAUACCCAUAGACUAAGAACAUGCAUUAAGUGAGUUGA